UGAGCAAUACCUUGUAUUUUCGACGAAUAAUUGUUCCUGCAAGUGUAUCGAUAGUAUCGAACAACCAUCGCGCGUGUCCCAUCGAUAACAACACGCUCUGUGUUCCACCUCUACGUCGUGGCUCGACUUCCUUUCCUGUCAAAAUAGUCGACAAAGAUGGCUAUCGGCUCCAAGAUUAUCAAGCCCGGCGGCUCGGAUCCCGAUGACUUCGAGAAGUCCAUUGCCCAGGCGUUGGUGGAACUCGAGGCCAACAGCGACCUGAAGCCCUACCUGCGCGAUCUGCACAUCACCCGUGCCCGCGAGAUCGAGUUCGGCAGCAAGAAGGCCGUCAUCAUCUACGUGCCCAUUCCACAGCAGAAGGUGUUCCAGAAGAUCCAGAUCAUCCUGGUCCGCGAGCUGGAGAAGAAGUUCUCGGGCAAGCACGUCGUCGUGAUUGCUGAGCGCAAGAUCCUGCCCAAGCCCACGCGCAAGGCCCGCAACCCCCUCAAGCAGAAGCGUCCACGCUCCAGGACUCUGACCGCUGUGUACGACGCCAUCCUUGAGGAUCUGGUCUUCCCCGCCGAGAUCGUGGGCAAGCGCAUCCGCGUCAAGCUGGACGGCUCCCAGCUGGUCAAGGUGCACCUGGACAAGAACCAGCAGACCACCAUUGAACACAAAGUCGACACCUUCACCUCGGUCUACAAGAAGCUGACUGGCCGCGAUGUUACCUUCGAAUUCCCCGACAACUACCUGAAUGUCUAGAGUGGCGGGUUCUCGUUCGAGAGUAUCACUGGUUCGCCGGUUCAUCUGGGAAUAUGAGUUUUUUACAUGAGCUAGAGAACGUGAAUAAACAUUAAACAAUCUAAAACUAA